AUGUCGCUGACAGUAACCGUCGGGGAUGGUGUCAAUGUCGAGUAUAUCGACGCGGGCGGUCGUCGCGAGAGGCCCCGGUUGUUCCCAUCGAACCGCAGACUUCGUCAUCUCCAGGGGAUCUCCGUCCGGAACCUGAGCGUCACACCCGAAAGCAAGGCUCGUGGGAAGACGAUCGACGACGAGGAUAUCCCCAACUCUCUACAAUCGCCAUCGAAGAUUCUCGCCCAGGAUGCGAAUCGCCUCCUGCAUCAGUCACGGUCGUUUACCGAUCUGCAAUUUACACCCACACGUCACGAGGAUCGAACGCGCAAGGAACAGCCACCCCGCCCGACGUUUAGAAGAAACACUCUUCCUUGGAACGAUCCUAAUCCGCACACGCGACAGAUCAAGCUGGGUGAUAUUACGCGGAGUCGAAUGGCAGAUACGUGGUUCUCCAUCCAUUGCGAUGGACACGAGACGCCUGUCUACGUGAGCGAGGUUGUGAAGAAUGCCACGAACCCCAGCUUCCGAUCAUUCGACCUGAACAUGUGCGGACCAUUGGUUUCUCGAUUGGACCAGCUGACUAUCAAGCUCUGGGCAAAAUCGGCAGCUAUGGUGGAUUACCUACUUUUAGUUGAAUUGCAGCUUCAUCUGCAAUCUCUACAGUUUCUGGGGAAGUCUCUGGAUACUUUCCACCAGCCCCUCCCGUCGAAUUCGAUUCUUUUCCAUUUCGCGGACGGUGUCUAUACCAACCUCACGGAUCUCCCGCCGGUCUGGACGCUUCCCGCAAAGAACCCGCGGUCCCUCGAUGGAGCUAGGCUGCCCAGCUCUUCCUACGAUGCCUUGAUGCGCUUGGCAAAUCUAGACGAAUGCAUCCAAGAUGCGCUGGUAACGCGGGAGAGAUUGGAAACGCAGAUCAGCUCAAUAUUGGAAAAGAAUCGGCGAUCCAUAGCGAUGACCAGUGAAGCAUCGCGGGCGCGGGAUAAGCUGGCCCUCACGAAACAGGUCGUUUCGCUGGAGAAAAAACGGCUGCGGAUGAGCGGCAAACGCAAGGAGGAACUUCUGGCCAGCAUCCGGGCGAGGAGGGAGGCAAUGGCCGGUGGACGUCAAAGUCAGGAGAAAGCUCGGAGUCAUCUGCCAGAUGCGCAACAGAAACUGGCCAGCAGUGUCAAGUUGCUAGGCCAAACGAUCGAAGACACCAAGGGACAGAUCCGACGGAUCUCGGAGGACCUCCUUGCGAUUUACCCCAUCGAACCGAUUCCAGACCGACCGCUGGCCUUCACGAUCGCCGGGCUGGCGCUCCCCGACUCGAACUUCUACGACAUUGACCGGGAGACUGUAGCGGCGGCGCUAGGGUGUACGGCGCACCUAGUGUAUCUGCUGUCGUUCUACCUGUCGGCAUGUGUACCUUAUCCCAUCCACCCGUACCUUUCGCACUCGCUGAUCCAGGACCCGGUGUCGGUCUCGCUCCCGCAACGAACGUAUCCGCUGUACCCAGUCAACGUGCACUACCGGUUCGAGUACGGGGUGUUUCUGCUCAACAAGGACAUCGAAUUCCUGCUGAACCGACAAGGCCUACGGGUUCUCGACAUCCGGCAGACGCUCCCCAACCUGAAAUACCUGCUGUACGUGCUGACGGCGGGGACGUCGGAAAUUCCCGCACGUAAAGCGGGAGGGAUUCGAGGCUUGCUGCUAGGGCGCCUCACGCCUGGGUCAUCGCGACGCGGCAGCGAGGAUAGCGUUACAUAUGGCCAGUCAGGGCUAGCCCGAAGAGUGUUGGGGUCGACGAUGAAAUCCAAUGGGGGGAUGGCGGCUGACCAGGGGAAGAAGACCGUGGCGUCGUUCCUCGACGUUGCGAUGGUCUAA